AUGGAGCUGUGGGGUGUCCUGAAGUUGGCCUUCAUCCUAGCCAUUUCUAAUUGCCAUGGAUAUUCUGACCUUCUUGCCAAGUGCUUUCAUGACCCUGAAUAUGAAGCUAUUCUGAAAACUGCCCAGGAGGGACUUGGAACCUCUGCCUUUAAGAAGCAUAUCCUGGUGGUGGGAGCUGGAAUGUCCGGAUUGAUAGCAGCCAAAAUCCUUCAGGAUGCUGGACACAAGGUGACAGUCUUGGAAGCCAAGCACAAAAUUGGGGGAAGAGUUGCAACAUUCCGAAGCCCAGAGAAUGACUGGUACAUUGAACUGGGUCCUAUGAGGUUACCAGCCAAUCAGAGGCUGGUCCGAUUCUAUGUGGAGAAGCUUGGUCUGAAAAUGAACACCUUUAUCCAGUCCAGUAAUAAUACCUGGUAUUAUGUCAAUGGCCGCCGGCAUAGGACUUCAGAUGUGUUGGCCAACCCCAACAUCCUGGGCUACUCUGUGAAACCUGAGGAGUCAGGCAAGAUGCCCAUUACACUCUACAAAGAAGCAAUAGCUAAGGUGGUGGAAAAACUGAGGCUUACCAACUGUAGUCAUCUGUUGUCUACGUAUGACUCCUUCUCCACCAAGGUCUACCUGCUAAAGGAGGGGAAGCUGAGCAAGGGAGCUGUCCAGAUGAUUGGGGAUAUCAUGAAUGAAGAUGCAGGCUACUACAAAUCUUUCUUGCAAUCCCUGAGGAGUGAGAUUAUUUUCUCUCAUUCAGAUAGCUUUGAUGAAAUCACUGGUGGCUUUGAUCAGCUCCCCAAUGCCCUCUACCAUACAUUGCAACCUGGCACUGUCUCACUGAGGACAACAGUGGAGAAGGUAGAAAUGGUUGGGCCUCAGGUCAAGAUUACCUACCAGAGAGGAAGACCUUCUUCAGACCUGUCCACCAUCACAGGUGACUUUGCCAUCAUCUCUUCAUCAGCCAAGGCCACACGCCUCAUCCAAUUUGAGCCACCACUCUCCUUGGCCAAGCAAGAUGCCCUCCGCUCCAUUCAUUACACCAGUGCCACCAAGGUGGUCCUGGCCUGCAAAGAGCGCUUCUGGGAACGAGAUGGCAUCAAAGCUGGGGCAACUAUCACAGACCUGCCCACUAGAUUCAUCUACUAUCCCAGCCAUAAUUUCUCUGGCAAUAUAGGUGUCCUUUUAGCCUCCUAUACUGUGGGUGAUGACUCUACCUUUUUUCUGGGCAUGAAACAUAAGAAGUUGGUGGACCUGGUGCUGGGUGACUUGGCAACUAUCCAUCAGAGGUCUAAAAAGGAGCUCCAGGAUUUGUGUGAGACAUCUGUUGUGAAACGCUGGUCCCUAGACCCAUUCACCUUGGGUGCAUUCUCACAGUUCAACCCUUACCAAUUUGUUGACUAUUCAGAAACACUCUUCCAACCUGAAGGUAACAUUCACUUUGCUGGUGAGCACACAUGCCAGCCCAAUAACUGGAUAGACACAGCAAUCAAAUCUGGGAUCAAGGCAGCCCAGAACAUACAGGCAGCCAUUGAUGCUGCUACUGACUAUGAUGUGGCUGACUGUGAUGAGGACUAUGAUGUUGAUGUAAUUUUGAAUAAGGGAUUAACUUUCUUUGGGGAUUAAAGGAAAAUUCCAAAAGGUCUACUCAUCACAAAGUGGCCUUUGAGAGGUCAGUGGAUAAAAGGAGGUAGAAAUGAGAAGUAGGAAAUAUGUGAUAUAGCAUAACCUAAGGCAAUUUGCCCAUAAGUUUAUAAGCAAUUGAUCAUUAUGAGAGACAUUUCUGGAUAUUAAAAAAUUAAGCAUUAGAACCUAAUCACAAAAUCAAAAUAACCAAAAAGGAUGUUAAAGGUCAUCUAAUCUGACCCAUACUUCACUCCCCCCUAAAAAAAUAAUCCUUUUUUUCUUCCAAGGGAAUCAGGGGCUUGACCUCUUGUUGCUGUUCUCUAUGCAAUGGAUUUGAGGACAUAAUAGAGCAAAGUUUGACUUUUUGACAUAAUUCAGAGAUAAAGGAGUUAAGUGAGAGGAGUGGUAGAUCAGUGAGACGGCUCCCAGUAGUUCUGAAAGCAAUUGUUUAAAAUUUAGAUGUUCCAGCAGGCCUAGAGGCAAAACUUCUUAGGGGCAAACAUCUUUUCUAAAACCUGUUCUGGCUAACAGAUGUGGACUGAAAGCUACCUGGCCAAGCCCCAAAAAUAGCCUCCAGGUCCUUUGAGUAACCUUAAGGCAGAGAGUCAAGGGUAAGAGUAUCAUUUCUUUGCCAUGGGGAACAGUGACAGGCAUGGGAUCUAAAUUUAUCUGACUACUCAAUUCAUCUCUCUAGGAGAAAAAAAAAGUCCACUAUCUCAUUAAAUGACAUGUUAAAAUAAAUCAGCAAACAUAUUUUCCAGGAAUGAAUAAAUGAUAUUUCUUACAUAUAUUUACACUUAUUUUUUUCAAAUAUACAUAUAUAUAUAUAGCUACUGAUAUGAUUUAAAAAACAAUUUAAAAUCAUUUAAAUGAAUCACUAAUUGAAUCAGCCAAUCAACAAGCAUUUAUCAAGUACCUACUAUGUACCAGAUACUGUAUUGUGCAUGUGGGGAAGUGGUAUAAGGAUAAAAUAGAACCAAUUCUGCCCUCAAAUAAAUGUUUUAACAGGGGAAACAUAUAUACAUAUAAGUAAAAAACGGCUGGUUGUUUUUCUUCAUUCUCUAAGUGGAUCAAAAUGACAUCACUGUGUUAGAAUCAAAUUACAGUCUGUCUGAUUAUAGUUGAUCAGACCAAUAAGAGCUUGGAAGGCUCUACCACAGGUCAGACACAAAUGGUCCAUAUGAACAUUUGUAGUGGAUUCUCUAAUUUUGCAUAUCUCACAUUUUUUUUUGAGCUACUGAAAUUCUUCUUUGCUUAUAAAGCAGAGCAUUUUUUUUUUUUUUACUGAGGUAAUUGGGGUUAAGUGACUUGCCCAGAGUCACAGCUAGGAAGUAUUAAGUGUCUCAGGUCAGAUUUGAACUCAGGUCUUCCUGACUUCAGGACCAGCAUUCCAUUCACUAUGCCAUCUAAUUGCCACCUAGCAGAGCACCUUUUAAAGCAGGCAUGCCUUUUGGGUGGUCCUUUCUUGGCUUCUCCCAAGUUAUGUAAUCGUUUCCAAAGUUUUUCAUAGAAACUUUUAGAGUAUAGUUAUAUCACUUCUUUUUAAAUAAGUUUUUUUUUAAUUUUCAAAAUAUAUACAAAACUAGUUUCAACAUUCACUCUUGCAAAACCUUGUAUCCAUAUUUUUCUCCCUCCCUUACUCCCACCCCUCCUCUAGACAGCAAGUACUCCAAUAUAAGUUAAACAUGCAUUUCUUCUAACAUAGUUCCACAUUUGUCAUAAUGACAAGAAAAAUCAGAUGAAAAAGAAAAAAAAUGAGAAAAAAAACAAAAACAAAAAGCAAGCGAAUGACAACAAAAAGGUGAAAAUACUAUGUUAUAACCCACAUUCAGUCCCCACAAUCCUUUCUCUGGGUGCAGAUGUCUCUCUCCAUCACAAGUUUAUUGGAACUGGCCUGAAUCACUUCAUUGCUGAAAAGAGCCACAUCCAUCAGAAUUGUGUAUCACUUCUUCUGACCAGCAUGUGAACACCUCCCUUAUGCAAGUUUUCUGAAAAACAGUCUUUUAGGCGAUCUAAUAGUUGGCAUUUGAACAAUGAAGCCAUCCCAUGAGAGUUGUGUCCUUUCCAGUACAGUUUGAAGACUUGGCAGUUCAGCUCAAGAAAAGACCUGAAUGUCCAGUAUCUCAUCCUGUCAGGUGAUUUUAGAAUCUUCCUAAGGCAAUUCAAAUGAAAACCAUUCAGUUUUCUGCAUUGGCACUUAUAUCUCAUUCAGGUUUCACAGAAAUACAAUGAAAUCAGUACAACAGCUCUAUAGAUCUUCAGUUUAAUAGACAGUCUAAUACUUCUUCUUUCUCACACUUUGGAGCCUCCCAGAUACUAAGCUAGUUUUGGCAAUGCAUGCAUAUCAUUAUGCAAAUAAAGUUUUCCCUUGUUAUAACAUCAGAUAAGUGUGCCCUUCCAGGAACUAUAUCUUGAUAUUAUCACAAGCAAUGUCUCUUCUUUUUCUUUCAUAGGAAAUUUAUGUUGAGUCUAAAAUGUAUUGAGUCUUUUUUACCAGCAGAUUUAAGCAAAAUACACUGAACGAACUUUAUGAAGAAGGAACUGCAGUAUAAACUGGGCCUUUGGACUUUUUGCUACAUUACUUCCAUUCCAGUAUCAAAAUUUUUGGACAAGAUUUUCCAAUGGGCCAGCAAAACUCAAGCUGCCUGUGAAGGCCUGUUCAAGUGUUAUGUAUUCUAGUAUUGUGGAACAUCUGGGACACAAAAUGAAAAUGAACAGAUUAAAUGAACAUUGGGAGUGAGCUGUCAGGAUGCAGGAGGAAUUGAUGUUAUUGAAUUUUCCAUAUGUGAUGUCUCCCCUUUAGAGGAGUCCCUGCUCACAGAGAGCAGGGAUUGUUUGUAUUCUCAGCACUUAGCACAGAGAUUUGUUUUGUAAUGUUUUGUUUUGUAUUGCAUUGUUUUGACCUUUUAGUUCAGGGUGUUUAUGUUUGCUGAAUUUUCUUGGUGGUAGGUUAAUCUCCCUUCUAAAACUAGUACAUCGUGGCACAAAUGACAAAGGUAAAAAGGGAUGCACAUCAGUAAUCCUAUAAAAGAGCAUGGAAAAGGGGCAGCUAGAUAGUACAGUGGAUAGAGCACUAGCCUUGAAGUCAGGAGGACCUGAGUUCAAAUCUAGUCUCAGACACUUAACACUUCCUGGCUGUGUGACCCUGGGCAGGUCACUUAACCCCAAUUGCCUCAGCAAUUAAAAAAAGAAAAAGAAAAAAAAAAGAGCAUGGAAAGAGAAUAAAGACCCACUGAUCUAUAUUUUCAUAUAUUAUGAUUUUGAAGUGAAGGAGACAGAAAUCUAUUCCUUGAGAUUGAGAAGUUGGCCCAAGCCAAGAGCUACUCCCUCAAUUAUUUUACUGUUUUAUGGACCUGUGCAAUGAUUGAUCAUUACUGUCCUUUCAUUUAUUUUGGAUGGUUAAAUAGAACCUCUUCAAAGGCUUCAAGUGGGAAAUUGUGGUAUUAAAAUGUGAUAUUCUACUUUAUUUCAUUAAGAUUUAAUUAAGGCUCUUUCUCUCUCAUUAGGCCUACAACCUAUUUCACCCUUAUAAGUCACCCACCAUCCACUGUAGGAGAGACUUACUUAAGUAAAAGUCAAAUGUAUUCCAGGAAGCACUGAUGUCAGAUAUUCUAGAAAAUAUAAAUUGUUGCUGUGAAAAAUCCCCAAGACUUAGACUGAAAAAUCCUCAUUCUCUAAAUCCAACCAAUGGUAAUUUGACAAGGCCUACAUUGCUAAUGACAGAUUGUGUUUCUUUACUACAAAAGAACUAACUGCCUUGACAAUGGGGUGGGCAUCCCUGGAUCUCAUUUAUUGGAAAUUGCUAGUUUUGCUAAUAAAUUGGCCACACUUG